UUUUGCUAGUAAAACAAUCUAGUACCUUCGUUCCGCUUCCAAAAACCCUGUCCUAAUCGCCUGACUCAACCAAUAAAUUCUCGUCUCUAGUCCUCCGUCCAGCCGAUUUCCGCCCAUUCAAUCCGCUCCUCGUAUAUCCACUCUAUGGCCGCCACUGUUAUGAGGACGGCCUCUGCUCUGAAAGCGCCGCCGUCAGCUUCCUUCAGCACCACCUCUAACCCUUCUGCAUUAUCGCAUAAUUUUUCGUGCGUCGUUUCAUUUCCCAGUGGCAGCAGACGGAGACGGACUUCCUCAUGUCUUCCUGCCCGGUUUCGCAUCCACCAUCGCUACUCUGGACCAGAAGUUGUACUUCCCGUGACUCGCUCUUCAGGGAAAUUUUUGGUUUUUUCUUCAGAUGGUGAGGUCGCGGAGACUGCUCAGACAGAACCCCAAGCGCAGGAGCAAGUUCAAGAGUCUGUGGCAGAGGGCAAUCAAGAUGAUAAUCCUAGCAGUGAUGGUCUUCCAAAUGACGUUGAGGCUACAGCUUCUGAGGACAUAUCAUCAACUCUUAUUAUUGCAUUGAAGUCAUACAGAGAGGCUUUGGCCAAUAAUGAUGAGUCCAGAAUUGCAGAGUUAGAAGCUUUUUUUAAGUCUAUAGAUGAUGAAAAAGUCCAGCUGGAGAAAAAACUGCUGAUAUUAACUGAAGAGCUCUCAAAUGAGAAGGAUCGAGUUAUUAGAAUUAGCGCUGACUUUGACAAUUUCCGGAAGCGAACUGAGAGGGAACGACUUUCUUUGGUUACCAAUGCACAAGGGGAGGUCGUUGAGAAACUUUUACCUGUAUUGGAUAACUUUGAUAGAGCGAAAACCCAACUCAAAAUUGAAACUGAGGGAGAAGAGAAAAUCAAUAAAAGCUACCAGAGCAUCUCUAAACAGUUUAUGGAAAUAAUGGGAUCUCUUGGUGUUAAUGCUGUGGAGACCAUUGGCAGUGCCUUUGAUCCUUUGUUGCAUGAAGCUAUAAUGCGUGAAGAUUCGAUAGAAUUCGAUGAAGGCGUCAUCAUAGAAGAAUUUCGCAAGGGUUUCCAACUUAGAGAGAGACUCUUGCGUCCCUCAAUGGUGAAGGUGUCUGCUGGCCCUGGACCUGCAAAACCAGAGGCAUCGAACCCCGGGGAAGAACUAAAGGAAGUUACCGCAGCAGGCGAUGAAGGUGAUAGUCAGCAAGAGGAUACAAACGAGACUGGUUAGGAGAGUAAGUCUGUGAUGCAAAAUGCCAUAUCUACCAAAACAAAUUCCUUUUGUUUCCAUUAAUGUUUGUAAGAGUUAAACUUGAACCAAAAUGUGCUGUACCUUAAGUUUUGGUCAUGUUUACGGGUAAUCACGGUGUGCUCGUGAGGAGUUUAUGGAUACAUGUCUCAAAGUCCAAUUGAUUAUUGUUAGUACCAACCAUCGGUAUAAACAUUGUUGUUGCACUUCAAUAAUUAUUAGCCUCCUCGAAUUGUAUUUUCCAGACCAA